UGAUGUCAGGUAAUAUCGUUUCUUGAAAAUUUAUUAAUAAAAUAGCAUAUAUAUAUGUCGGAGAUGAAAGGACAUUGGAGCCUUCCCUUUGGAACUUAAAUCCCUUAACACCGUAAUCUAGAUUCUAUCAUAGGCGUAAUUAAACAAUUGUCGGGUUUACAUUAGAAGUAGAGUUAGGGGCGUGAAACGAAACUUCGUUUGGAUUACACAUUGUCGUUAUGCAAUAGAGAAGACAUUGACUAGUUCAAAUACGAUUAUUAUAGAAUUGGACAAGUAACCGUGGUAAUUAGAUACUCGAGAAACUAAUGACAAUGAUCCUAGGUUCAAUAACGAAUCCGCGGUCAACGGGAUGAUAGAUGAAUAUGCUCACAAUAUCUAAGUCGGACUCUUUGUUAAAACAUGGAAUAUCCACCGAGCGUACAGAGACACUAAGUAACUCGCUAAUACGACCUCACGAGAGGGAUGACUUUCCGUCGUGAUGAUGCUGCAGAAGAAAACUAUGAUGGGGUGUGUCUGAGAACACGAGAUCAUCGGAUUCGUCGAGGAUAGCCUUCGUUCAGAAAGUAAGGGAAAUUGACGUUGCUGCUAAUUGGUCAAUCUCCAUAUCGGUGGUUAGAAAAAGAUGCUAGUCGCCCUCGAGGGAAAGUUGCUAGUGGGAGACGCCGUUCGUUGAAAAAUAGGUCUCUCCUAUUCCCGUAGCUGGGACAAAGACUGUUUGUUUGAAGGACUUUAGUUAGCUAAAUCUUAAGAUUUAUAACGGUUAUAUGAACAUGUACUGCGGAGACGCAUCGACAUCUGGCAAUCAUCUUACUCGAAGAAUAUGGUCUGCGUGUGGCGAGCUACGGGACAGAGACCGUUGGAAUGUUUAUUGUCGAGUGUUACAACUAUUUCCCUUUUAAGGAGAGCUAUAGAAUUGCUCCAUGCCUUUGUUAGACAAAGCGUUCAUCCCGUGACCGCGGCUACGUUCGGCGACUGGCUGUCGCCUCGAGCCCAAGCUCAUUAUCACAAAUCUCGAACAAAUACAAUCGGAUCGAAGGACGACAAUUGUUUAAUUACGCCUAUGAUAGAAUCUAGAUUACGGUGUUAAGAGAUUUUCCCGAAGUUCCAAAGGGAAAGCUCCGAUGUCCUUUCAUCUCUGACAUAUAUUUAUUUAGUUUUAUCAUUUUCGCUUGAAUAAUAAACAAUUCUGUUUACUAUCACCAGAUGGCGAACCUAUCAGAUAAACUUAGUGUUGCUAUUAAUUCGAUUGUCGUGUUGAGUUUGUUAAUGUUUAUAAGAAAGUGAAAUAUUACUUUAGAUAUUAAAUAUUUUAUAGAAAUGACAAGUAUUACAAUAUCAGCAGUUCGAACACGAACAAGUAUACUUGAUAAAUCAUUAAGUAAGGGAAAGGGAGAGGUUAGCUUGAGUUGUUUCGCACUUCUGUUUUCAGAACUUGUGCAAUACUGCCAAAAUCGAGUUUACACCGUACCAGAAUUACAAAAUAAAUUGGCAGAGAUAGGUACAGAGGUUGGUCAUAAAGUAACAGAUUUACUCGUUGUACGGGAAAAAGGUGGAAAGCGCGAGAUAAAAUUAUUAAAUAUUUUAUUAUUUAUUAAAAGUACGGUAUGGAAGUCAUUGUUUGGUCGUGAAGCUGAUAAAUUAGAACAUGCAAAUGAUGACGAACGGACUUACUAUAUCAUAGAAAAAGAAGCACUAGUAAAUAAAUUUAUAUCAGUUCCAAAAGAUAAAGGAAGUCUAAACUGUGCUUCUUUUAUUGCUGGUAUAGUUGAAGCUAUUCUUUGUGAUUGUGGUUUUCAAGCAAAAGUCACUGCACAUUGGCAUAAAGGAACAACAUAUAUGGUUAAAUUUGAUGAUGCAGUUGUUGCUCGUGAUAAACAACUCGAAGAUCGAUAAUUAAAGACAUAGGAAAGAAAUUAAAAGUAAUAAGAUAAAAUUUUAUAUUCCAAUACAAUUAAGGAAUGAAUCUUUGAAUUAAAAAUAUAAAAAAAGAAUUCCUUGGUUUUGUUUGUGGUUGAUUUAAAUUAUUUUCACAGAUAAACAUUUCAGCAUUUCAUAAUAAUUUUCCUUUGUUUAUUGAAAAUGGAAUCAUAUGUGCGAAAAUGAAAUGCCAGCAAAUAAAAUGACAUGUACAUAGUUAUAGCAUUUUAUAUUUACUAAUGAAGUAUUUAUUUUAUAUUUUAUUGUAUUAGAGUACAGAUGCUAACAUAUAUAUUGUAAGUUUAAGAUCUACAAAUAUACAAUUGGAAAAAGAAAUGUUA